AGUAUAUGUGAGUGAUAGCUAGAAAAAUCUAAGGAGGAAAAAAAAUGGAAAAUCUAAGCCUGAAACUAAGGCUUCAGCUUCCAAAUUCAUCCAACCCUUCCUGUUCUCUUUUCACUCCAAAAAACCAUCAAUUAUUCCUCAAACCAAACAAAGCAUUACACAUCAAAAACAUGAAACACACACCUUCAAAAUCUGCUGCAUCAAAACUCACAAAACAAACUCCAAUUGUAGAAGAUGCACCAAUGAAACUUGAAGUUCUUGAAAAUCUUGAAAAUGGAAACUCUAGGGCUAUGAUAAUAGGAGCUGUUUCUGUUGGAGUUUUGUUGCUUCUGAGUGGAAUGGAUGAACAUAAGGCAUUGGCUUUGGGACCUGAAGGGCCACUUGUGGAAGAGUUUUGGGAUAAUGUUAGAAGGUAUGGAUUGUAUGCACUAACUGUUAGUACAGGUGCUAUUUAUACAAUCAUGGUGCCUAUCUUUGAGCUUCUGAAGAAUCCUAUAACUGCGAUUUUGAUUGUGGCUAUUUUUGGAGGUGGGUUUUAUAUUGUUUCUCAAGUUCUUUCUGCUAUGGUUGGUAUUUCUGAUUUUAGUUAUGAUUAUGGAAACUAGAUACAUAGAUUCAUAUGUAGAUAGCUGAAAAUCAAUUAUUGGUAUGUAUGAAGUACAAUUUUGCAUGCUGCAUGUUGAUUUUGAUUAUAUGCUUUCUGCAAUUCCACAUGGUUUAUCAA